AUGGCUAUAGAUUUGGUGGCGGACAACUUUCCGCCCAUUGCGCUCGGUUAUGAGGGCGCAGAGGGACAUGUGAUGCUGGAGCGGCCGAGGUGGUACUCGGCGGCGGUGAACGACUACGAGGAUGACUACGGCCAGGAGUGGACCUAUCAGCAGCGCUCCGAGCUGGAGUUCACCUGUCACACCAUCUACUUCAUCACCGUCGUCCUCUGUCGCAUCGCCGUCCUCUACUCCUGUCGCACGCGGCGAGACUCUAUCCUGGGGCAAAUUUUUAG